CUUACAUUGGGGAGGGACACGGACCCGGAAGUGCGCAAAUUGUAAACACAGCUGUGAAGCUUUGGCUGUUGUUAACGUUACUUUCACAAAGAUGGUGUACGUGUCCAACGGUCAGGUCCUGGACAGCAGGUCCCAGUCACCAUGGCGACUGUCCUUACUGGUUGAUCUCUUCUGGGGAGCAGUGGAAUUCAUCGGCCUGUUUUUUAAGUCAAUUGUUCACCCUGACAUGACAAAGGAUGGAAACUGUGGUUCGUCACGCUUUUCUGAUGGCAGAGGUCCUCCAGGUCCCCCUGGUGGCAGAAGACGGAUGGGAAGAGUAAACCACAGUGCAGGUCCCAACGCUCCACCAAUGGGUGGAGGAGGAUGAGGAAGGUAAAUGCCUACACUGAAUGUGUAGGCGUGGGGCCUGGCACGGCGUUCAUUUGCUAAGAACCUGAAGAACGAUGGUGAUGUCACAGUGCUGAAGCCCCUCUUCAUCAGCUGCCACUGCCACAAGCAGUUUUUUGAUGCCUUUCUGGGAAUUCCUACACGUAGGGGCCAGAAUGGCUGAUACAGCAGCUAUCCACAUCUUAUUCUUCCUUUUUCCUCUUCAGCCCCAACCCUUUCCUUUCACACCAGUCUCUUAGAGCUGUGUGUUACUGACGUCUUGAUUUUGAUCAGGAAUAAUAAGUUUGUUGUUUUGCAUUUGUCAUUGCAUUUUAUCUGAUCAUUAAAUGUGCAAUGUUUAAACAUGUU